AUGCCUAGUCUCAAGACCUUCAAGACCAAGUCCAAGCUGGCCAAGGCCUCCCGACAGAACCGACCCCUGCCCCAGUGGGUCCGAUUCAAGACCAACAACACCGUUCGAUACAACGCCAAGCGACGACACUGGCGACGAACCAAGCUUGGUAUCUAA